AUGGCCUUUCGAGAUGAUCACCACCAAGAUCUUCUGAGGGGAAAAUGUAUUAAACCAGAAAUAUUGAGGGCAAUAGAGCAGUCAAGACUUGUAAUAUUCUCUAAAAACUAUGCUUCUUCUACUUGGUGCUUGGAAGAAGUUGCUAAGGCUGUGGAGUGCAAGGAUGUCCAUGAAGGAUCAGUGAUACCGAUCUUCCACAGGGUCGAUCCAUCUGACAUAUGGAAACUGAGGGAGAACUUUGGGAUAGCCUUUGCUAAAACUGAGGAAGCUUAUUUGGGCGACAAGAGUGAUAUAAAGAAGUGGAAGGAUGCAGUGAGUAAAGUAGCUAGUCUCGCCGAAAUAGAAUUGAAAGGCGAUCUUGUGGGAUUGCAUUCCCGUGUUGCAAAUGUAGUCGAAUGUUUAUGCUUGGACAAGAGUGAUGUAUGCAGUAUUGGCAUACGGGGAAUGGGUGGCAUAGGCAAAACAACUGUUGCACGAGCAAUUUAUGACAAAAUCCGAGGCCAAUUUGAUGAUGGAUGUUGUUUUCUUGCCAAUGUUAGAGAAAUUUCAAAAAAGAAUGGUUUGGUAUAUCUACAAAACCAGUUUCUCGGUGAUAUUCUCCUAGAUGACAAUUUAAGAAUCAGGGAUGAUCAUAGAGGAGCGAACAUGAUAAAAGAACGACUACAACAUAAAAAAGUUCUCGUUAUACUUGAUGACGUGGAUGAAAGGGAGAAAUUGGAAAAAUUAGCAGGAGGUUUUGAUUGGUUUGGAUGUGGAACUAGGAUCAUUAUAACAACUAGAAAUGAACAUUUGCUUCUCCAAUAUGGAGUAAAUUCCAUAAAUAAGGUGGAGGAACUAUCCUUUGGUGAGGCUCUCCAGCUAUUUUGUUUGAAAGCUUUUAGAAGUAACCAUCCUCCAGCAGAGUUCAAUGAGCUCGUGAAGCAGGUUAUUGGAUAUGAUGAUGGCCUUCCUUUAGCCCUUGAUGUCUUAGGUUCCUUUUUGGCUUGUAGGAGCUUGAUGCAAUGGAAGAGUGCACUGGCCAGACUCAAAGAAUGUCCAAAAGGGAAAAUUUUUGACCGGCUUAGGUUAAGUUAUGAUGGACUACAACAGAAAGAGAAGGAGAUUUUCCUAGAUAUUGCCUAUUUUUUCAAGGGAAAGGAGAAAUCUUACGUUACAGAAGUUCUAGACAAUUGCGGCUUGUACGCAGAUAUUGGAAUCGAAGUCCUUGUUGAUAAAUGUCUUAUCCAAAUCGUGGGCAACAAAUUGUGGAUGCAUGAUUUGCUACAAGAGAUGGCUUGGGAAAUUGUUUGUCAAGAGUCACCUGAGGAGCCAGGAGAACGAAGUCGAGUCUGGUUUUUUAAGGAUGGAACUGGAAAAGUCAAAGCCAUAGUCUUGCCAUAUGGGGACUACAGAACAGUGCGCUUGAAUGGAGAGUCAUUCACAAACAUGACUAACUUAAGAUUGCUUGAUGUUCGUGCCAUCCACUUCUCUUCUGGGUUUAAGCAGCUUUCAAAUGAACUACGCAUGCUAAGAUGGGACAACUGUAGUCUCAAAUCAUUUCCACCAAGUUUUCUUCCAAAGAAUCUUGUCGAGCUCCAUAUGCAGGAUAGCCUCCUUUGCAGCCUCUGGAGAGGGGAAAAGGUUGGAAGUAAGAGGCUAAUUCUCAGAAGUUGCAAAGCAUUAUCUCAGGUUCAUCCUUCAAUUGGAAAUCUAGAAAGACUUGGUCUACUGGACUUGGGUGACUGUGAAAACAUCAUGGGACUUCCAGAUAGUGUAGGUAAUCUAAAGUCUCUCAAAGUUCUCAAUCUAUAUGGAUGUUCAAAUAUUGAAGAACUACCUGAGAGCAUCGGGGGCUUAGAGUGUUUAGAGGAGCUUGAUAUUAGUGAAAGUGCCAUAACACACGUCCCAUCCAACUUGACAUUCUUACAAAAUCUGAAAAAUUACACUUUCGUGUUAGUAAAAGGAGGCCACAAAAUUUUUGGAGGACACUAA